AUGGGGCUUGCAUCGAAGUCGGGAGUGGAGAGCGAGGAGCCCGGGGAAGCCGAGGGCCCGCGGGACGCGCUGAGCCUGGAGGACAUCCUGCGACUCUACAACCAGCCCAUCAACGAGGAGCAGGCGUGGGCUGUGUGCUUCCAAUGCUGCGGCUUCCUGAGCACCGAGGACGCCCGCGGCCGCCGCGCCCCCCGCCCGCGCGCGCUCUCGGCCGCGCAGAUUCGCCUCUGGAGGGACGGUGCCGUCACACUGGCGCCUACUGGGGAGUCGCUCCACGACGCGGGUAAAUUGGAAUAUUCACGUAGUACAGAAACAGAGGUUAUUGAAUCUUUGGGAAUUAUUAUUUACAAAGCACUGGACUACGGUUUGAAAGAGAAUGAAGAAAGAGAAUUAAGCCCUCCCCUAGAGAAGCUCAUUGAUCUUAUGGCCAAUACAGUAGAAGCUGAUGGUAGCAAUGAUGAGGGCUAUGAGGCUGCGAAUGAAGGGAUGGAAGAUGAAGAUGAUGAAAAGAGAAAAAUCUCAGCUAUUCGGUCAUACAGAGAUGUCAUGAAGUUAUGUGCUGCUCAUCUCCCAACUGAAUCAGAGGCUCCAAAUCAUUAUCAGGCAGUAUGUCGGGCACUGUUUGCAGAAACAAUGGAGCUGUACACCUUUCUGACUAAAAUUAAGAGUGCAAAGGAGAAUCUGAAGAAGAUGCAAGAAAUGGAAAAAAGUAAUGACUCUAGCACAGACCUGAAUGAGCUGAAAAAUGCUGACUGGGCUCGAUUCUGGGUACAGGUGAUGAGGGAUUUGCGGAAUGGUGUAAAACUGAAGAAGGUCCAAGAGCGGCAGUACAAUCCUUUGCCCAUUGAAUAUCAGCUCACCCCUUAUGAAAUGCUAAUGGAUGACAUUCGGUCCAAAAGAUACACUUUGCGAAAGGUGAUGGUGAAUGGUGAUAUUCCACCUCGGUUAAAAAAAAGUGCUCAUGAAAUCAUCCUGGAUUUUAUCCGAUCAAGACCUCCUCUAAACCCUGCCUCAGCCAGAAAACUAAAACCAACCCCACCACGCCCACGGAGCCUCCAUGAAAGAAUAUUAGAAGAAAUCAAAGCAGAAAGAAAACUGCGACCUGUCUCACCAGAGGAGAUCAGACAUAGCCGACUUGAUGUAACUACCCGUGAAUCUCCAAAGAACGUGAUAGAAUCAUCUGUGGUGAAUGGAGAUUUAACAUCAUCAACGAAAGAAAAUAGUUUAAGUGCCACACAGCAGGUCCCUGUGCAGCGGAAGAAACUCCUCAAAGCCCCUACACUGGCCGAGCUGGACGGCUCUGACUCUGAGGAAGAAACUGUCCACAAGUCAACCAGCAGCAGCAGUGUUUCCCCCUCCUUCCUUGAAGACCCCUUACUGGAAACCAUGUCAGUAAAGAAGAAGCCUCCAAAAUUCUUGCCCAUAUCCUCAACACCCCAGCCAGAGAGACGGCAGCCACCCCAGAGACGCCAUUCCAUUGAAAAGGAAACGCCUACUAAUGUAAGACAGUUCCUGCCGCCGUCCAGGCAGAGUUCUCGGUCUCUGGAGGAAUUCUGCUACCCAGUGGAAUGCCUCGCUCUGACCGUGGAGGAAGUGAUGCAUAUCCGCCAGGUCCUGGUGAAGGCCGAGCUGGAGAAGUACCAGCAGUAUAAGGAUGUCUACACUGCCCUGAAAAAGGGGAAGCUCUGCUUUUGUUGCCGAACCAGGAGAUUUUCCUUCUUCACCUGGUCUUAUACCUGUCAGUUCUGUAAGAGGCCGGUGUGCUCACAGUGCUGCAAAAAGAUGCGGCUGCCAUCCAAGCCAUACUCCACUCUUCCUAUCUUUUCUUUGGGACCUUCUGCCUCGCAAAGAGGAGAAAGCUUUAUGAAGCCAGAAAAACCCUCCACCAGCCACCAUCGGCCACUUCGGAGCCUUGCCAGGUUCUCCUCGAGGUCAAAGUCUGUGGAGAAAUCAGAUGAAGAACUCCAGUUUCCCAAAGAGCUGAUGGAGGAUUGGAGCACCACAGAAGUGUGUAUAGACUGCAAGAAGUUCAUUUCAGAAAUCAUCAGUUCCAGCCGGCGUAGCCUGGUGUUGGCCAACAAGAGAGCCCGGUUAAAAAGGAAGACACAGUCCUUCUACGUGUCCUCACCAGGCCCCUCGGAGUACUGCCCUUCAGAGAGGACUAUCAAUGAGAUCUGAGCUCAUUCCUCUUGGUUGCUUUGUGCUUCACGUCGGCGUCCAUGUGUGAGGACACUGAGCUUCCUCUGUCAUUUCAUUUAAUAGCCUUGGACUUGUAUCCAAUCUGAUGUUUCCUGUAUCACAUUGUCCCCUAGACUGAGUGCUGUGUUCGUAUUGAUUGACAAUGUGUGGCAGGCCAGCCAGCUGCUCACUUGCACUGAGAGAGGACAAUAGUUUGAAACUUGUUUUUGUGUGUGUGUGGAUUUGGAGUCCAGAAACUUUUUCCUUAGUUCAGUUCUUCACUGUUCUUCAAAUAAUUUUCUGACUAAGGCAAAAGCUUCUCACAUGAGAAAUCAGCCUGACCAGGUGUUGAUAUUAGCACAGUCUAUGCAGUAAGUCAUAUUGACGCUUCCACCUGACAGUGUUCAUGUCUAAUAACCCAGAGCCCUGCCCGAUGCCAGACACUUGUAGGCAGGACCUUGCUAUUUAUCGUCUAACAGCACAAAAUCUAGGAGGAUUUGCUAACACUAUCAAACGGAUUGCUAACUUAUUGUUGCUGUGAGAUAGAGUAAACAAGGGACUUGGCCAGCACCUCUGUGCAGGUUGUACAUCCAGGUAGGUAGGCCGCGGUUUCCUCUGAGCUGCUGUGUCUGCCCCGGGGUGAUUCCUCAGUGCCUCCUGUGUGGGCAGCAGCUUUUCACAGCCUUUCUUGAAUACAUCAUGGUUACCAUGUGUGAGGACACUGAGCUUCCUCUCUCUGGUUUCAUUUUAGGCUUGGACUUGCAUCCGAUCUGAUGUUUGCUGUAUCACAUUGUCCCCUAGACUGAGUGCUGUGUUCGUAUUGAUUGACGAUGCAUCAUAGUUUUAUGAUGGAAGUCUAAGAAUUAAAGUUUUGUGGGCACUUCAGGACAAGGAAGGCUGAGAGCCUGUCAAGAAGUUGAGCGUGUUGUGGCUGACAGUGACAAAGGUUUUGGCAGCACAGGGUGCCCACCCCAGCCACCUUGUGGGGAACAGGCUGGAGCUCGGACAUUUCUAACUGCAGUCUUCAUCACUUUUCCGUGUAGCCGUCAUAACUAAAUUAAGCCACAAUUUGGCACCUAAGGUCUCAAAUGGAAAUUUAUUUUUAUAAAUGAAUUUUAAAAGAAAAAAGAUUGUCUAGCUGUUUUAAAGUUUCAAGCAAAUCAACCUGCUGACAGGCUUUCCAGAUGCUUUUUGCACUAAAACUUUCCUUGUAAAUGGCUUGAGUGAGUAGGUUGGGUUUCUUGAUGAAGGCAUGUUGGAGGGGAGCAGUGUAUACCUGAAAUCUCUGAGCUUGCUCGGCCCACAGCAUGGGCUAUACUUCAUUAUUUUGGUACGCUUAGAAGCAACCAACCAAUCAAAUGGCCAUGAACGUUUGCAAAAUCAGUUACUGCACAUACACAGUAAUUUUCUAAAAAUUCUAGGGUAUGUCUGUAGCCAACACUAUGUCCGCACCAUUUAAUAAAAGGCAUGACAGUAGCAUUUCAUACCACAUCAGAAUAUAGUGACAUUUCUAUAUUAAAUUAACAGUAAUACCUCAAAACUGCUCUGGUAGUAGUAUUUAAUGGAUUGAAAUUUAUAAUUCAAUGUAACUUACAAAAUAAACUCUGCCAGUUGACUAAAAUCAUGCAUGUUAACAUUUCGUCUGUAUUUGCAUGUAAAAGUGGGUCACCGGGGAACCCUUAUUAAUUAUGUAAAUGUUUAAGUUAUUUUAAAAAGACUUUUGUUGAAGGGCUUUAGAACACUAUAUUGGACAAAUCUUAUUUAUAAAAUUUUUCAAGGACUAAUUUGAACUUUAUAUACAGAUCUGUAUGCAGAUCCACACACUUUAAUGGCCCCAGGCCUGGGCUUCUCAAACACAACCAGGGAGGGGAGCAUGUGGGAGGAAAUGGUGUUUGUAUAUGUGUAUGACAUGCACCGAAGACAGUGUGCUUUUUAAAAUAAUGACUACUUUACUGUUUUCAUUAAAACAUCAGAAACUAAACCCUAAAAAAUGAGAAUUACAGUCACAUAACGAACAUCUAGUAAGUCUCUAUCUUGUAUUUCACAUCUUAGGUUUAUGAUACUGUCUAGGAUUACUCAGGCAUUAUGAUCACCUAUCACCAGAACAUUCUAACAUGAAGUCUUCAGUGGCAUAAACAGGGUUUGCAAAGUACAUCCAAGAGAUCAGCUGGGUGGAGUGUCCUUAUGGAACACUUUGCAGAAAUAGUAUAAGCAGAGGGCACACAACAUAAUUACAACUGUAGAAAUCAAAUCAGCAUUGCUUUUUGGUGCCAAAAGAAAUUCUUACAUUUAACUCUUAAACACUUCAACUAAGUUAGGUAAAUUCCAUAAGGUAAUUCACUAAGAGUUUGUGGAGCUUGGUUUUAAAUCAUUAGCCUAGUGUGACUUUAGACAUGGCUUCCUAUUCUUACUUCUAAAAUAACAUAUCUUUGCAGUGUUGCUCUUUGUCUUAGUCCCCUGCUGUUUGGCAUUUACCUCUGAUCCAACAACAACAAAAAUGUUGGCUGGCUGGUCUUAUCAUUUGGAGUCAGAUGUAUAUUAAAGCUCUGUAUCUGUGAAUGGCCAUUCCUGCCCCAUCCCCUUCCUCUCAUCCACACUCCCUCCUUCCAGUCCCCAGACCUCAUUAAGUCACACUACGGGGAGAGCUGUGUCUUUCUUCCCGUAGCUUAACUUUCUAUCAGUGUAUCUAAGAAUGCUUGUGAAUACUGUAAUAUAUUUAUUAAUAUUUGAAAGGCAUUCAGUGUACAAUGGGAAUUAACUCUCAAGGCAAAUGAAAAAUAAUAGAUAUAUACAUUGACUUAACAAUCUUACUAGAUUCCAAGUCUUAGCCCUUUUGAAUUAAACCAGAAGGUUGUCAUGUAGGAGUUUAAAAAAUUAUUUUAAGUUUGAAGAGAUUACGUGAUUAGCACCAUGAACCCAUACCAUGAAUUUCUUAAGGCUGUUAUUUUUCUAACUGUAUUAAUUAAUAUAGGACUCGAUUUUAGGUGUCCCAUAGGAGACAGAAAAGUUUUUAAAUUAUGUUGCUAUUUGCUAAAGCAGAGUAGCAAAAAACUUUGUACAUGCAAAACUGUUGAAGACCCUGAGGAGAUGUAUACUGGUGGGUUUUGAUCAGCUCCUGUGUGUAAAUGCAAGGUACUGCUGCCGUUCAGGCAACAUGACAGAACCAAGCACUUUCCAUUAAAGUCUUUUAUUUUAAAUAUUAUCUAGGGAGAAAUAAAAUGGCUUUCCAUCAUACCAUCUGUGUUGAAUUACUAUCGUAACUGGUGAUGCCUUUUGGUAAUUAGCUGUUAGAAGUCACCUAGGCUAGGAAGGCAAAGUGCUUUUAUCAUUGGCAGCUUAAGGUCAUUUUGAGAAAUACAAAAGUCAUAUGUGGAGACUUUUAAAUUAUGUAGAGAGAGACAAAACUUUGAUAUAUGAUUUCUAAACAGAAUUCCUCAUGGGGUAUGUUUCUAAAAUGCCCCAUGCUAGAAACAUUUCUUUUUGUAGCAUUUAAAGGCUUGAGGAAUAGUUAGGAAGCUCAAACCCAAAAUCAACAUAGAGAAGUUCUGUUUUUACAUGAACUGAGCUAGAGAACAUCAUCGUGGACCCUUUACAUAGUUUAAACAUUACAUGAUAUUGGGUUUGAAAUUAAUUCAUUUGUAUAUGCCAUUCCCUUGUUUCCCAGACAUUUUUUUAGGAUCUCCUUCCACUGGAGUUUCCCUGCAAUCUGUGUAUAACAAGACAUUUCUUUGUGUCUAGCUAAUAAUCCAAAUGUUCAGUGACUUUCUAAGUCCAAGUCAGAGUCCUCAACUCAUGCCUCCCAAA